UGGAAUCAAGGCAACGAGAUUACUUUGGUAAAGUGUAAUACUUCCUCUUUCGACAUACAUCUAUUCAUUAAAGAUGAAGCUUGAGAUUUGUUCUUUCUCUGGCCACAAGAUCUACCCCGCCAAGGGUAAGACUUACGUUCGUGUUGACAGCAGGACUUUCCGUUUCAUCAACGGUAAAGCUGCUUCUUACUUCCUUCAACGUUUGAACCCCCGUAAGAUCAGAUGGACUCAAAUCUACCGUCGUUUGAACAAGAAGGGUAUUACUGAGGAAGUCCGUAAGAAGCGUUCUCGUCGUACCGUCAAGCACGAACGUGCUAUUGCCGGCGCCUCUUGGGAAGCUAUUCGUGCCAAGCGUAACCAAAAGCCUGAUGCUCGUGCUGCUGCUCGUCAAGCUGCUAUUGCCAAGUCUAAGGAAGUUAAGAAGGCUGCCGCUGCUGCCAAGAAGGCUGCUAACCCUAAUGUCAAUCACUCUAAGGUUAGCAAGCAACAAGCCAAGGGUUUCGCUCCUAAGGCUGCUGCCACCUCCCGUUAAAU